AUGUGUGUGCGUACGAAAACCUCGUACGGAUGCGGAUGCGAAUACAAGACUACCGCCGAGUGCCACUCUUCCCGCUGUCCAGGUCUCGAAAGAUAUCAUUAUCCUAGAGGUGGUGACUGCCGUGCCUGCAAAGAAGCGGGCAGCGCAGUCACACGAGGACGAGAUGGCAAGGGCAGAUAUGGGCGAGAAAUCAGCAGGCGAAGACACUCGAGGGAAGAUGAUGAAGCCUCCGUUGAUGAAAUACCAGGCACGGCUGAUGUUGGUGAUGGAAUCAGUCCGUGGGCGCCUCCAUCGCGAGAAAAGGAAUGGAGCAGCCAUUCCAGGAAGAAGGCAGAUGAUGCCUGGUUGCAGGAGCACGCAGAGCGAAACAUAGACCUUCAGAGUAUCCGCGACUCUCUGCCGGACUAUCGCCCGUCUGAGCGAGGCUCCCCUGUGGCCCCUUCUUCCCCUCGACGGCAUGCCCGCAUCUACUUGGUCGAUGACGAUCUGCACUACGAUCGUGGGGACAGCUAUGAGAGACGUCAUCGGCGCGAGGAAUCGGGCAAGAGUCUUCCUGUCGAGAUACGCAGUAGGAACAUCUACCGUCGGCGAAGACAAGACAGCCAAGACAGUUUUGAAAGCAUGCGCAGUUCACGGUCAUCGGCCCGAAAGCAUACCCCUGCGCCCACCACAUACACGGCAUACGAGUACAAUGAUGUCCACGAUUCGGGAUAUGGCUCAUAUGGCUCUCGAGCGUCCAAUGGAUAUCGAGGAGCAAAGACUGAGCCCUAUGCCUAUCCACCAUCACCGCCACCGCGAGUCGUGAGCAUCAAAUCACCCUCACCUCAUCCCUAUGCUCCCUACGAAGUCAGCCCCAUUAAUAUUGUCACGCGCGCCCCAACAUAUGGGUACAGCCCCCCGAGGUACUGA